AUGUUCAUGAUACGUAAUGGUGAGCAUUCCAUCCUGGACUUGCACUGCGAGAGUGGGGAACACGUUCUGACUGACCUGACAACAGCUACGAAAUAUCUCUUUGGUAAUACCUCCAAAGAGUCACUCAUUGAAAUACCCCAAGGGAAAUUGUAUCUUGUUCGGCCCCACUCGCUCAAAGGCACUUCGGAACUCAUCUUCAACGACGCCGCCGCUAGCAUAAGACGCACGGCGCAACCGUUCCAAUAUCAGCUCGUGAUACAACGGGCUUACGAAGAGGGCGAGGCUGAGCUUGCUGCAGAAGAAGACGAAGAUGAGGAUGCAGCUCUGGCAACGGACAAAGACGAGAAGAUAUUUCUCUUGGACGCUAGCCUCCAAUUCCGCUCCGAUAGAAAGGAUGGCCAAGCCGUAUUCGCUUGGAGAGACCUCAGUGGUGAUUCCGAUGACUUGUACGAGUUCGUGUGCGACGAGAGCAUCAAGGAUGCCGAAAUUACAACCUUUGAAGUCGUCGCAAUCGAAUGCCAAUAUGAGCGAAAAUUUCGCAAGUCCAAGGACAACGCUACAGAAAAGGAGUUACAGCUAUUCAAUUUCGAGAAAGAGCCAGUACCUGACGCAAGCCCUGCAGCCAGCCCGAUAGUCAAGCCCGUAACGGCAGAGUCAGACAAGCCUGCUGGUGCAGCAAAGGAGCGGCAUGCACGGGACAAAACCGAAAAAGCCGUGGCAAAGGUCGUAGGCAGCGGUACUACGGUCGCACCAAAAGCCGUAGCUCAGCCCAUCUCACGAGACGUGCUUGCGAGCGAGAGGGCUGAGCUACAUCUCUUUGACUUUGACUCAGGGACCUUUAUCUUGCAAGAUCCAUCUGUCAUUGCCACGGUCCAUGAGAUUGGGACAUGGCAGUAUUGGCUUCAGAUCACAGGUGAAGCGCGCGAGUGGCUGGGUCAGAGAAUUGAGCCGGAGCUCAAUCCUGUCUUCAACUUUGAAUACCUCUCCUUUAUUUUCAAUUACUAUACAGACGACGGAUCGGCAUACUCGUGGCUGCUGCGCUUCAAAAGUACGGAGACGGAAGAACGAUUUCAAGAGGGGGUAAUGUCCGCCUUGUGGGAAAGGUUGAAUGAAGCCAAAUGGAAGAAGAUUGAUAAAGACGACCAGCAAUAUGUUAUGGACGCCUUCCAAGAUUUAACCAUGGAGGACGCUCCUUCAAUGGAAGAAGAGGAAGAAGUCUACGAAGAUGCGCAGGAAGAUGAUCAACAGAGCGAACAUUAUGACACAGACGAGGAUGCUGACGAUGUCGUUACACGAGAUCAAGACGGUAAUGUCAACUCCCAGCUUGCCGUCGGCUAUAAGCAUGAUCGUUCGUUUGUGGUUCGAGGUUCGAAGAUUGGAGUAUUCAAGCAUACCCCGAAUAACAACCUUGAAUUCUCGACAAAUAUUUCCAAGGUCACUACGCCUAAAGGCGAGCUUUUCAGUCCAAAGAAGGUUAUGCUUCACGCAGAGGAUUCCAACAUGAUCUUGCAGAAUGAGAAGAACCCGAACUCACUAUACCGAAUGGAUCUGGAAUACGGCAAAGUUGUGGACGAGUGGAAGAUGCAUGAUGACAUCCCAGUCAAGUCAUUUGCUCCUGACAAGAAAUUCGCGCAAAUGACGGCGGAGCAAACGUUUCUAGGUCUGAAUGAUAACUCACUAUUCCGUGUCGACCCUCGGCUUUCAGGGAAUAAAAUUGUUGAGUCCCAGAUGAAAACUUACACAGCUAAAAACAAGUUCUCCAAUGCUGCAACGACCGAAAAGGGGUACAUUGCCGUCGCUUCGGAAAAGGGUGACAUCCGAAUGUUUGACCGUCUGGGCGUGCGUGCCAAAACCCAAAUACCACAGAUGGGGGAAGCUAUUAUUGGUGUUGACGUGUCUGCUGACGGCCGUUGGAUCCUGGCAACGUGCCGCACUUACCUCCUCUUGAUUGACGCCAUGAACAAGGAUGGGAAAAAUGAGGGCAAGCUAGGCUUCGAAGCCUACUUCGACAAAGACAAGAAGCCGCAACCUAAGCGGCUGACGAUCUCACCCGAACACAUGGCACAAAUGCAAUACGUAACCAAGAAACCUCUCGUCUUCACACCAGCUCAUUUCAACACUGGUGUAGAUGACAAGGAAACUUCCAUCAUCACUGCGACCGGGCCUUACAUCAUCACAUGGAACAUGGAGAAGGUACUGAAUAAGCGUCGCCAACAGUACGCCGUCAAGCGGUAUGACGAGGAAGUCAAAGCCGACGACUUCAAGUACGGGAGUGACAAGAAUGUCAUUGUUGCUCUGCCUAACGAAGUCAACAUGGUGGCCAAGAAAAGCUUCAAGAAGCCGACUCGAGAGAGCAUUGCCACCGCUAGUACGCCCAGGAGGAGUAGUGGGAGACGAAGGCUAGGGCGGGAGGAGGUUGUCAAUACACCCUAUUGA